AUACUUUUAAAUAUCACUUCAUUUCUUCACAUCAAAUUCAAUACAAUCUCUCUCUCUCUCUCAAGAAAAGAAAACAAUGGCUUGUUGGUCACCUGAAAAUGCUACCAAGGCUUACAUCAGAACUCUCAAAAUGGAAAGGCAAGAAAAAGAACCAAAUGCAGCAGAAUUUAUAUCAGCUCUAGCAGCUGGGAACAAUGCACAAGUAAUGGUUGCAGCAUGUGCCCAAAAAAUGGCAACACCAAACUUAUUAGCCUUAGUUUCUGCAGCACAACAAACAGGAGGUCAUGUAACCUGCAUUUUCCCUACACGUGAAGAACUACAAUCAUCCAAACGUGCACUUAAGUCUGAUGCAAAAUUUGUGAACUUUGUUGUGGGUGAUGCUAAAAACAUGCUUCUCAAUGAGUACAAAGAUGCAGAUUUCUUCCUUGUUGAUUGUAAUUUCAAGGACUAUGAGGGAGUUAUGAAAGGAUUGCACGCUACGAAAAGAGUAAAGAAUGGUGUGAUUUUAGGUUAUAAUGCAUUUUGUAAGGGAUCUUCAUGGCAAUGGAGUGGUUUAAGGACACAUUUGUUGCCUAUUGGUGAAGGUUUGUUGGUGACUAGAAUUGGUGGAAAUGAUAAUAAUGUUGGAGAUUUUAGAGGUGAAAAAGGUGUUAGGAAGAGUAAUUGGAUUGUUAAGGUUGAUAAAUGUACUGGUGAAGAACAUGUUUUUAGAGUAAGAUCACCUCAAAGAAAGGUUGCUGCUGUUUUAUAGGUUUUAAUUAUACUAGUAAUUUUUAUUAUUAGGCACAAGUUUUGGUAAUUCUUUUCAAGUGGUUAAUUAUAUUCCACUUCUUUCAUAUGUAGGAUUUGUAAGUGUAUAUAAUCAAUGAAACUAAGAUGAUCAUAUUCAAGAUCGGGUUCAGUUUGGAUCAA